AUGAAGGACGCAGUCAGUAACAUUUUAGAGCAAUUUAAUAAUCAUUUUGGUAAAUACCCAAAAUUCGCCCAGUUUGAUCAAGGCACAGAGUUCUACAACAAAGAAGUAAAGUCAUUGCUCAAUAAACACAACAUUGAAUUUUUCUCCACAUACUCAGACAAAAAGGCCGCAGUUGUGGAAAGGUUUAACAGAACACUAAAAGCACUAAUGUGGAAGUACUUUUACAGUGCUAGUACAUAUAAAUGGUUAGACGUCCUUCAAGACUUAACUGAUAAUUACAACAGUUCAGUGAACAGAUCAAUUAAAACAACACCGGACAGUGUAAAUGAGUCCAACUGGACUGAAGUAUGGAAGACACUUUUUAGUCACAAUUUAGGCAAGCCGUCGGAACCAAAGUUUGCUGUCGGAGAAAGUGUCAGGAUCUCAAAGUACAAAUCAGUGUUCACAAAAGGGUACGAAGCAAAUUUUACAGAGGAGUUGUUCACCGUGACAGAAGUGCAUCACGGCCAUCCAAACACGUACACAAUAAAAGACAGUGCUGAUGAACCAAUAAUUGGCAGAUUCUAUGAACAAGAACUGUAUAGCGCUGAAGGAAGAGAACCUGAUUUCAGAAUAGAGAAAGUAUUAAGGAGAAGAACAGUGAAGAGUAAAAAGAUGGCUCUCAUUAAGUGGUUAGGUUAUGAUGACAAAUUUAACAGUUGGAUACCAGCUGGAGACAUCAA